AUGGAAAGGUGGCGCCAGGAGGGAAGGAGGCAAGAGAGGAAAAUGACAGGGGGCGGGGACGAAGCCCUGCCCACCCUGAAGUCUCACAAACACACACACACACCCACGUGGGCACCUCGACGAGCCUGCUGCUUGUCGGCAGAGCAGAACGCCUCCAGGUGCACUCUGGUCAUGCUGUCCAACAAUAAGCAGCUCGUACUGCCGCAGGUGCAUCCGCUGGAUGAUGUCUCGACAGUCAUUGAAGACGCGGCGGAUGUUUUCCGUGUCCACGGCACAGGUGAAGUGGGGGUAACAAUAGUGCCUGCCGUCCCCGCUUGCCGUGCUGAUCCUCUGUUGAAGGAAAAAGGAAACAAAGAUAGGGUCAAAGCCCUUCAGGGGUGGAUCAAGGUGUGGGGAGGGCUCACCAUCAUCGGGUGUGAAGUAACGCGCAAAUUCAGGGAAGUAUUCCUCAAUUUUGGAUUUUCCUGCCAGCACUUUCUCUGCAAGCAGGUCCUGUUUAUUUAG